AUGAAAUCCAGUACUUCAUUGUUGUUUCUUCUUUAUGCACUCAUCAAUCUCUUUAUUCUCGUCAAUACGGACAAAGUGGAGGAUGAUAACCUACCCCGAGAUGCUAAAGUCUACAAAUGUAGAAACACCGGCAAUUACACAUCCACCAGUUACAAAAAUAACAUCAAAUCUGCACUCUAUGUAGUCGCCAAAAACAUCGCAGCCAAUAACGGCUUUUACCAUUCAACAGCAGGUACCACUGAACCGGUCAACGCUGUUGGCCUUUGUCCAGGUUUCCUUCGCUCAAACUUUUGUGAGGAGUGCGUGAAUAGCACCAUCCCAUUGCUUGAAACGAACUGCCCUAAUCAAAAGGAAGGUGUGGCGUGGGUCAAGGAGUGUAUGAUACGUUACUCAGAUCGUAAAAUUAUGGGAGUGCUUGAUGACUGGUUUUGGGUCCACUUUCCGGAGCUAGCUUAA